CAUCGUUCCCAUAGCUGCCUAUAUCGCGACCCGAUCGCCCCGAGACGACUGCAGCAACCAUGUCCAAGGGCAGCAAGUACCUGCUGGUGUCGCUGCCGACGUCCAUAUCCCCCUCGAAUCACCACGAUGACGCCCUGACGGCCUUGCGCUCCACCGUGACCAAUGACGUUGGCAACACUUCCCCGUUUGCCAUACCCAACUUCAAGAUCGGAACCCUGGAUGCCCUCGUCCAGCAGGCCGAUGAGCUUUCGAAGCUUAGUAAUGCGUGUGAGGGCGUAGUCGCAAAGGUCGGCGAGAGUCUGCGCCAGAUUCUCGACGGCGACGAGUCCAAGGUGCAGCAGCAGAAGACGAUAAAUGACAAGCCCGUCGAUCAGUACCUGCGCAGCUUCCAGUGGAACAAGGUCAAGUAUCGCGCAGACAAGCCCAUCGCAGAUCUCAUAGAUGCACUACAAAAGGAGAUACAAGGUAUUGACAACGAUGUCAAGUCCAAGUUCAGCCAGUACAACCAGACAAAGGGCGCCCUUGCAGCCGCAGAGCGAAAGCGCACCGGCAACCUGUCCACCAAGUCCCUCGUUAAUGUCGUCAAUCCCAAGUCCAUUGUCCGCGACUCUGAAUAUCUCGACACACACCUCAUUGCCGUCCCCAACACGGCUGUAAAAGAAUUCUACCAGGCAUAUGAAGAGCUGAGCCCCAUGGUUGUCCCCCGCUCCGCCAACAAGAUUGCCCAGGACGACGAGUUUACCCUGUUCGCCGUUACAACAUUCAAAAAGCACUCUAACGAGUUUGUUCACAAGUGCAGGGAAAAGCGGUGGACCCCGAGAGAAUACACGUACAAGGAAGGUGGAAAGGAAGAGGAGGCAAAGGAGGCCGACCAACUGGCCAAGGACGAGCGCAAGCUCUGGGGUGAGGCGCUACGGCUAGGUCGCACAGGGUACAGCGAGAGUGCUAUGAUCUGGAUUCAUGUCCUGGCACUCAGAGUGUUUGUGGAAACUGUGCUUAGAUAUGGCCUACCGCUAGAUUUUGUAUGCGGCAUUGUUCAGACCGACGCCAAAUCGGCGAAAAAAGCAAAGGCGAACCUUGACGCAGCCUACUCAUACCUUGGUGGCAACGCUUUCGGCCGUGAUAGCAAAGGCCGCAUCAAGAAAGACGACCAGUCCAUGUCCAUUGACAUGCAACAAGCCGGACACAUGGGCGACCAGGAGUACACCGCAUACGUCUAUUACGAGUUCGAAGUUGUAUAGCACAUCAUGGGAUUAAUCAUGAUUGAGAGCAAUAUUUUACGAGUUGAGAGCUGUCUACACAAAGCUAUUUUGUACGCGACACCCUUAGAUAGUCCAUCGCAUUACGCUUGACCAGCAGUAGCUCUGGUACCAUCUCGCUUAUCUGGGGUGUGUUUAGGUAACCGCUGUGUACCCCGCUACGCUAACACGAUCAAUAAAGGGCUUAGCUCGCAAUCAAAGUGACAUGCACUAGUCUACAGAACUCUUUGUUAU